ACAAUUAUAUAACAGAAGUAGGGCCCCUCUCUUUGACAAAUUUCCGAUUUCCAAUUUCCGAUUAAUCUCACUCUAAUCUUCCCAUCUAACCGUUAAUCAUAAUGGCCCGACGAAACCAUACAACAGAGCUUGGUUGCAUAGCCUGCGACGAUUUAACAGAACUCGGUGCAGGCAAAGAAGGAUGGCUUGUUAACAACCCUAAUCUCCUUACUGCACUCGACACUCAUUCUAUUGCAUUAGCCAAUCGCUCUCUUGUUCUCAUUCUUCAUUGGUCUGAAGGAUCCGACCCGGUUGGGAAUCGGGUUAAGAUCGUACCCGAACUCUCACCGAUUGAAGCUGAGUAUAUAUCUGCGAUUGAGUGGUUAGUGUUUGAUGAUAUUAAGGUUGUUGGUUUGGGUACUUCUCGUGGGUAUUUGUUGAUUUAUUCUCUCCGUGGUGAUCUCAUUCACAAACAGAUAGUAAGUCCUGGAAAGAUUCUCAGAUUGAGAGUCCGUGGUACCAAGAGAGAUCUGACCCAAGAUGCAUCAGCAGAAGAGGUCUGUGUUGUUAUGUCAGGUGUUAUUGCUCGGUUUGAUGGAUCAGACUUUCAGAAUAUGCUUCAGAGGUGGUUUCGAGAAAGACAUUCCCAGUUCUGGGAUCAGGGAGAUUCUGAAAAUUCUACAGAUACUUUUGGUAGACUUCCAUACCAGCUAUGGAAUGUUAGCAAGUAUGGGGCGUGUGUUGAUGCUGCUAUUACUGGUCUGAUGCCCCCUCCUCUGCUGGAGCUCCAGUCAAGUCAGCAUUAUUAUUGCGCAAUCACUGUUGGAGAUGAUGCUGUGAUUUCUGCUUAUCGACUUUCUGUAGACCGAAGCCGAUCAAUAGUAGGUGCUAUUCUCUCAAAGGUUGUGCCUGCAGCCUUUUCGACAAUAACUUCUAUCUCAAAAAUGUUAUGGAGAAGUGAUCCAACUCCCGCAAAACGACCAGAACCAAAACCUCAGCCUUUUGCUCGAGCUUCCCCUUUGACUUGCUUUAAGGAUUACCCUAGAAAGGGUGUGAAGCUCACAUUAUCACCUAGUGGCACUUUGGCUGCAAUAACUGAUUCUCUUGGUCGUAUCUUACUCUUAGACACUCAGGCCCUUGUGGUGGUCCGUCUGUGGAAGGGUUACCGUGAUGCAAGUUGCCUCUUUGUUGAGAUGCUUGCCAAGAAAGAUGUGGAAACGUCUAGAUCUGCUUACCAUGAACACUUGAAGAGUGAUUAUUGCCUCUGUCUAGCGAUUCAUGCACCGCGCAAAGGGAUUGUUGAGAUAUGGCAGAUGAGGACCGGUCCGCGUCUUCUAACUAUUCCAUGUGCCAAAGGUAGCAAGAUUUUGCAGCCUACCUAUAGAUUUGCCUCAUCAGAUGUGUCUGCGUCUUCUUAUGUACCAUUGGAACUUUUCUUUCUGAAUGGAGACUCCGGUCAACUGUUCGUUUUGAACCGAUCUCUUAAUUGACAUUAUAUAUUAAAUUCAAAAGAAUACGAGAAUUACAGAUUAGGGCUUCGGAGCUGCCUGUACAGAAUGUAAAUUUCAUUUGUUUGUUACUCUUUAUGAACUCCCCUUUCCCCAAACUUCCGAAGGAAACAAAAGGAGGUAAAACAUCCCAUAGCUAAUAUUGUAAUGUUAUCAUAUUUCUGUAAUGUAACUUUGUCUAACUAAUAAAGUUUAACGGCUUAUUUGGUUCA